CAGCUGGGUCAACAAUAAGUAGCCACGACGCGUCUCAAAAGUAGGAUUGAAACCACUCUCGCACUAUUGUUCAUCUCUCUUUGCUACUCCAAAACCCUCUUCAAUCCCAGAUCUGGACUAUAACUAUGGCGCUGCCGCUACGACCUCGGACCAUCGUCGCAGGUCUUACUGCUAGUAGUAUCGGCGCUGGCCUCCUACUCUCAAGAUUGGGCCGAGAUGUCGAUGCCGAUGCAAAUGCGCCGAAAAAGGUUUUUGGCAGAGGUCCAGCAUUUGUGUCGCUGCCGCUAGAGAGCGAAGAGCAAGUUAACCACGAUACGAAGCGGUUACGGUUCUCGCUCCCGAACUCAACAGAUAUUAGCGGUUUAUCACUAACGUCCGCCGUGCUCACAUUGUCCUGGCCGCAGGGCCGAUGGACUCCUGUCGUGAGGCCAUACACGCCGGUAUCACAUAUAAAUGAACCUGGUAUUCUCGAACUAUUGGUCAAACACUACCCAAACGGGAAGCAAAGCACACACCUGCACAGCCUCAAACCAGGCGACAAGUUGAUCUUUGCUGCCGCAAUCCGUGGCUAUCAAUGGGUUCCUAACAGUGUCCCUCACGUAACGCUCAUAGCUGGGGGCGCGGGCAUAACACCCGUUUUUCAACUCGCACAGGGUAUCUUGUCAAAUCCGGAUGACAAGACAGCGGUGACUAUCGUGUACGGAGUCAACACAAAUGAUGACUGCCAUCUUAAAAAGGAGUUCGAAAAGUACGAGAAGGAAUUCGAAGAUCGAUUCAAGGUUGUGUACACGGUCAGUAGGCCGGACGAGAAGACAACAUUGCGAAAGGGCCGUGUGACAAAAGAGCUGCUAGAAGAGGUGGCUCCAAUGCCAAGUAACGGCGAGACAAAGGUUUUCGUUUGCGGGCCGCCCGAAAUGGAGGCGAACCUGGUAGGAUCGCGCAAAGAACAAGGCAUUCUAGAGCAACUUGGGUAUCGGAAGGACCAGAUCCACACAUUCUGAGCAUCUCGAAACAUUGUACUCGAGUUUGACAUGUAGCAUCGCCAAGAUUCAUGGAGCGUGAAAGCCUCUAGCUCUGUAACAAUAUCUGUAUCAUUUGCAACUUGGACCUAGCACUGUAGUUCAGGCCGUGCCAUUGAAGAAGCUCGUAAUCUCAAUGUCUGUAAAGAACUCGUUGAACCACGGAAGAUCAGCAAAAGUUUGAGCUUGGUCCACAGAGAAGUGGCCAUUGGUGUCAUUCUCUGUCGAUGCACCAACAGGAUAAAGUUUCAACAUCUCCGACUGCCUGACGACAUUCGCUUCUCUCCGUUUUUGAUGCAUCGAAAUGAGUGCGCGAGCCGCCGUGUACGCAUCCUG